UUUUUUUUUCAGUGUGAAGGUCGUUCUACUUUCGAUUUGAUACUGACAAUGAACAAGACAAAUGAGAAUUUAUUUAUCAGUAUUCAAUUCACAUCUGACAAAUAUGUGUCAAUGGUGUGAUUAUCUUAUGCUUAGCUCAAGCUGAAAAUGACAGAAUUAGGGAAAGCAGAUUUUGGUGUUACAACUUUCUUUGCUAAGAGUCAUCCAAAUGACAAAUGUGGAUCUAAUGGACUUCCAUUGACUCCAAACUCAAUAAAAAUACUGGGUAGAUUUCAAGGACUGACAACUAUACAUCAUCCUAGGUUGUGUAGAUAUAUAGAUAUUAGUAAAGGAAGGCAUGAAAGAUUAAUAGUUGUAUCAGAAUAUUAUAAAGAUAACUUACUUAAAGUUGGCAAAACAGGAAAAUAUGGAAGUGUUGAAGAAUUGCUGACCUUAGCAUAUGAAGUGCUAGAGGGUUUGGUGUAUCUCAAUAGGAAAUCCAUUACACACAGAAACUUGUCUAAAUCUAAUAUAUUAUUUGAUACAAAGGGUAAUGUGAAGUUGUCAGAGUAUGGAUUGUAUCAUGUCACAGAAUAUGGUGCUAAUGUGUCAUUUCCAAUAGGACUUCCAGAGUAUAUGCCACCUGAAGUGCUGUGUGAUUGUCCAAUAGAAACAGAUGAACAUGCUGACACAGAAACUGUUGUUACAGAUCCUUGUGGUCCUAAAACAGACGUCUGGUCUCUUGGGGUUAUCUUGUUAGAAGUUUUCACUAAUGUUGAUUUAUGGGAAGGUCUGUCUAAUCCACAGAAAAUAUAUAGGACAGUAGAGUUCUUAAACGAAGGAAAGCAUCCUUUUGACUUUUAUACAGAAGAAUACAGCUUAGAGGAUAAAAUUAAGGUUUUGCCAGAAGGAGUUCUAGAUUUCCUAAGAAACUGUUUAACUGUAAAUUCAAAAGAAAGACCAUCUCCAGAAUGUUUAUUACAGCAUAAGAUCUUCAGUGAUCAUAAUGCUAAUAAGAAGCCAUAUAAGAAUGGAUUUAGAAUGUUUACAGUUCAGUUAAGGAGCAAAGAUCUGGAGUUGUCUCCUUAUGAUGAAAAUGGAUACUCUGAAGAUCAUUUAUCAGAAAGAAGUAUGGAUGAGGUUUACUACCUUUGGAGGUUGGCUGGAGGAGAUUUAGAGGGAGUCCUUAAGUCACAGGGUCUAGUCAAAACAAAACCACCUGUUACAUUAAUACCAAAUUUUUGCACUGGUGAUGGUGAUGUAUUUGGACAGAAAAGAGAUAGGGCUGAGUUACUGGACAACACUAUUGUAGUACUAUCUCAGGAACAACUCAGAAAUAGACUAUCAGAGGUUGAUGAGAAAGCAUAUUACCCACUCAUCCACACAGAUGAUGAUAUGACAGAAUUUAAGAGAAUGCCUAAGUCCUCCAGUGCUGCUGACUUGUUAGAAACAGCCAGUCUGCCAUUAAUUAUCAGGGAAAAGGAUGUAGAAUACCAGUUUCACAGAGUGAUAUUAUAUGAGAGGUUGUUGAAAGCCUACCCUUAUACAAGAGCAAGGGUAUGGAAGGAAGCAAGAACAGACAUACCUCCCCAUGUCAGAGCACAUGUUUGGGCUGCUAUACUAGAAGUUGAGGGUGAUAUUCACAGUUUGUACAGUUCUAUUGACAAAGAAACUGCCACUCCUACUGAUAGACAGAUUGAGGUAGAUAUUCCAAGAUGUCAUCAGUAUCACCAGCUACUAUCAUCACCUACAGCACAUGCUAAGUUUAAAAGAGUUCUCAAGGCAUGGGUUUACUAUAAUCCACAAUAUGUGUAUUGGCAGGGAUUAGACUCACUUUGUGCUCCUUUCUUAGCUCUGAACUUUAAUGAUGAAGCAUUAGCAUUUUCCUGUCUCCAAGCCUUUAUACCAAAGUAUUUACAUAAUUUCUUCAUGAAAGACAAUUCAGCUGUUAUUCAAGAAUACCUGUGUGUAUUUUCUCAUCUGAUUGCCUUCCAUGAUCCAGAACUUAGUAAUCAUUUAGAGGGAAUUGGUUUUAUUCCUGAUCUGUAUGCUAUUCCAUGGUUCCUUACAAUGUAUGCUCAUGUGUUUCCACUGCACAAAUUAGUCCAUCUAUGGGACACAUUACUGCUAGGCAACUCUUCAUUUCCACUGUGUAUUGGUGUGGCUAUUCUUACUCAGCUCAAAAGUCAACUGAUAUCUUUUGGAUUCAAUGAAUGCAUUUUACUGUUUUCUGAUAUGCCAGAGAUUAAUAUAGAGCUGUGUGUACAGGAUUCGAUUAGGAUAUUUUGUAACACACCUAAAAGUGCCAUCUAUAGACAGCAUGCCAGACCAGCUAAAAAGACCAUUAAACCUGACAGCCGUCCUAACUUGUCAUAUUAUUCUAGAGAUUAUAAUGACCAACCUACAAAUGAUUUGUCCAUGGAACCAAAAACCAUUGAAGAAUUAAGAGCAGUUAAAUGUCCACACAUAUCUGCUGAGGACAUGAUAGAGCUUGGUGAAUUUAGUGGUCCAGUCCAGUCUAAAAGUCCAACCAAACGAAAACACAACAGUAAGCCAAUGCUGUUGGUCAUUGAUGUCCGAGUACAAGAAGAAUUUAAUAAAGGGACCAUCCCAAGCAGUAUUAACAUUCCAUUCCAAUCAGCAUUUUGUCCUGAAGGUAACCUUAAUCCAUGUUCUGCUGUCACGACCUUGAAUGCUCAUCCACUACAGGUCAAGGUUGUUGCAGGUGGCAGAAAUAAAAAUGCACUGAAUUUUGCCAAUGAGUUAGUGAGAUUAGGCUACAAGAAAGUAUGUGUUCUGCAUAAAGGGAUUGAUGUUUUGAGGAACACCUCCAUACUGACUAUACCACCUGCAGACAUAUAAAAUUAAUGACAUUAAAUAUUGUAAUCAAUUUUGACACUGUUAUGUUUUGUGGCUCUACGGUAAC